CACAACCAACCCUCAUUGGCUGACUCAGAAUCACAAUAAUCACACACCGUUUUUGAGGUUAUGUUCCCUCGACAAUGGCCACUGCGCCUCAAAUAAAGCGGCAAGCCCCCAAUAUCCUCGUCACCGGCACCCCCGGCGUCGGCAAAUCAACCCUGUGCCAAAAACUCAGCGAAACCAGCGGCUUACAGUGGUUGGAAAUAUCCAAAAUCGCCAAAGACUACAACUGUUUGGAAGAGUAUGACGAAGUUUACCAGUGCCCCAUUCUCGACGAAGACAAGUUGUUGGACGGGUUGGAGGAAGUGAUGUGCAAAGGGGGCAACAUUGUGGAUUAUCACAGCUGCGAGUUUUUCCCGGAGCGCUGGUUCGAUGUGGUUUUUGUAUUGCGAACGGAUAAUACGACGUUGUAUGACAGACUCUUGGCUCGAGGAUACACCGGGAAGAAGUUAGAAGACAACAUAGAUUGCGAAAUAUUUCAAACUAUUUUGGAGGAGGCGCGGGCGUCUUAUAAUGUCGAUAUUGUGCACGAACUGAGUAGUGUUGCCCCCACGGAAUUGGAAGACAACGUGAAUAGGAUAUGUUUGUGGUUACAACAGUGGUUCCAAGAUAAUCAAUAAUUACCUGACUCUGUUCAUUAUAUCGACUCCUGCUUGUUGUUUAAUACAUGUUGUUAUAAAAUCUA